AUGGUUCGCCUCACCAAGCUCUUCGUGUCGGCCUGCUUCGCCACCCUCGUUGUUGCCGACCUGGCCAGUACUCAUCCUAGCGCUCACCACGCGUCCAAGUCGCACCAACAGCUCGCUGCACGCAAACUCUUUGUCAACAACGGCAAGCGGCUUCUAGAGCAGUCCUCCAACCUCACGGGGCUCACGUCGUCCGUCGACCCGAGCACGCUUUUCGGCGACGACGUCGCUUGCCUCCUGGAACCUGAAGUGGCAGAGGGACCCUACUACGUCUCCGGCGAGCUCAUUCGCACGGACGUGCGGGAAUCACAACCUGGUUUCGACCUCUACCUCGAUCUGCAAUUCGUCGACGUCAACACCUGCACGGUAGUCGACGACCUCUACGUCGACUUCUGGCACGCUAACCUCACGGGCGUCUACUCGGGCGUGAUCGCCGAGGGUACCGGAGACGACAAUGACGCCACCAACAUCAACAACACCUUCCACCGCGGACUCUACCCCACGGACGAGGACGGGUUUGUCUCCUUCGUCACCAAGUUCCCGGGCCACUACACUGGCCGCGCCACGCACAUGCACAUCAUGACGCACUACAACGGCACCUUGCUCGAGAACAACACGUACUCGGGCGGCGAGAUCUCCCACGUGGGCCAGCUCUUCUUCGACCAAGACCUGCUCACUGCAGUGCAAACCACCGACACGUACGCCGUCAACACGUGGGAGAUCACGGAGAACGCCGACGAUUCGAUCCUGGCGCAGGCGGCCGCGGACGACUUCGACCCGUUCGUAGAGUACGUUCUGCUAGGCGAUACCGUCGAGGACGGUCUUCUGGCGUGGAUCUCCGUGGGCGUGGACAUGACGAGCGAGUACAGCGUGCAGACGGCGGCGACGUACACUGCGGAUGGAGGUGUGCUGACGACAAGCACGGCUGUUGGAGGAGGCGAAGGGGUCAUUGGUGGCUCCUUCAUGGGCGCCGGGUCCGCUAUGUCAGCUCCUACCGUUGGCAGCGCUCCGAGCAUUGUUUAA